AUGUUGUCUUCAUCAUUUCGUGCAGUGAGGAAGCUAUGCUCUUCUUCAUAUUGCACCACCGCCUCUGUUAUCAGAAACCGCAACUUGUUGCCUAGAGAAGGAUAUAUUUCCCCUCAUGUGCCAUCAAAUUUAAUAAAAUAUUCGAAAGCAACCCAACACAGAGCCAUUUCUGUUCUUUUCAAUAAUUUUUCGUUCCAUUAUACAACAGCAGCAGCACCAGCUGCAAUAGCAACAGCAACAGCAAUAACGUCAGCCGCAGCAGAAACAACUAAGAAUCAUGUAGAGGAGGCAUUACAGCCAAAGCUGAGUGAUGCAUAUUCCGCAAUAGAGCUUGCAUUGGAUUCUGUAGUCAAGAUUUUUACUGUUGCAAGCAGCCCCAAUUACUUCCUUCCGUGGCAAAAUAAGUCCCAGCGUGAAACCAUGGGUUCUGGAUUUGUUAUUACUGGAAAAAAAAUUCUUACAAAUGCUCAUGUGGUGGCUGAUCAUACAUUUGUGCUUGUAAGAAAGCAUGGGUCUUCCACCAAAUACAGAGCUGAAGUGAAAGCUGUUGGUCAUGAAUGUGACUUAGCUAUUCUAGUUGUUGAGAAUGAAGAGUUCUGGGAGGGUAUGAAUUUCUUGGAGCUAGGAGACAUCCCAUUUCUGCAGGAAGCUGUUGCAGUUGUCGGUUAUCCUCAAGGUGGGGACAACAUAUCUGUUACCAAAGGUGUCGUCUCCAGAGUUGAACCAACACAAUAUGUACAUGGAGCAUCCCAGUUAAUGGCAAUACAGAUUGAUGCUGCCAUAAAUCCUGGGAAUAGUGGUGGUCCAGCAAUAAUGGGCAAUAAAGUUGCCGGUGUGGCUUUCCAGAACCUGUCAGGUGCUGAGAAUAUUGGUUAUAUAAUUCCUGUUCCAGUAAUCAAGCAUUUUAUAUCUGGUGUGGAAGAAAGUGGAAUAUAUGUUGGAUUCUGCUCUAUGGGUCUAUCAUGCCAACCAACUGAAAAUGUUCAACUGAGAAAGCACUUUGGUAUGCGACCCGAAAUGACAGGGGUACUUGUGAGCAAAAUUAAUCCGCUGUCAGAUGCACAUGGAGUACUGAAAAAAGAUGAUAUUAUUCUUGCAUUUGACAGUAUACCUAUAGCAAAUGAUGGAACAGUAGAUGAGAUUGUAAAAUGGCUUGUUCAUGAAGCAAAAGCUAUUAUAGUGCCUUUUCGAAACAGAGAACGGAUAACUUUUGAUCACUUGGUGUCUAUGAAGAAACCCAAUGAAACAGCUUCAGUUAGAGUUUUGAGGGGUGGUGAAGAGCAUGAAUUCAGUAUCACCCUUAGACCUUUGCAGCCCCUGGUUCCUGUUCAUCAAUUCGAUAAGCUUCCUAGUUAUUACAUUUUUGCUGGUCUGGUCUUUGUUCCACUUACACAACCAUAUCUUCAUGAGUAUGGAGAAGAUUGGUAUAAUACAUCACCUCGUCGAUUAUGUGAACGUGCAUUGAAGGAGCUACCCAAAAAGGCUGGCCAACAACUUAUUAUUCUUUCUCAGGUGCUCAUGGAUGAUAUAAAUGCAGGGUAUGAGCGUCUUUCAGAACUACAGGUUAAGAAAGUCAAUGGAGUAGAAAUUGACAAUUUGAAGCACCUGUGCCAACUUGUCGAGGACUGUAGUUCAGAGAGCUUGAGGUUUGAUUUGGAUGAUGAUAGGGAGCGUACACGUUUUCCUGGCUUAAAGGUCACGAAGAGGUUUGAAUCGUAA